GAGUUGCAAAGGCUAUGAUGGCUGAAGCGGAUUGCCCACUUAGGUACGGCGGACGGAGACGACCGCCCCGAGGUAAAAGCGACACGGGCGAGCAGGUUUGAUCAGGUCGGUUGUUGCAUUGACAUUUUCAUAAUGUGUUGACGAUAGCACCAGGGUGGAACUGGAACUGCGCAACUCCGAGGAAGGGCGCGAGAAGGGAUCGGGAGGGUGACGUGACGAGGUAAGCCGAUCGUGUCGCACGCGUGAUGGUUAGAUGUUGUUGGCCCCGCCCGGUGCCGGCGUACCCCGCCCCGGCCAAUCGCCUCGCGCUCCCCCGGCCACAGCCAGCCCAGCUAGGAAAUCGGAGCUGGCGCCGGAGUCGUCGUCAAGGCGCUGUAGGCAGGCAGGUUAGGUACUUGGCGGUACUCGCGCCUCCGCGCAUCUCGGCGCAUCGCUUCACGUAUCUACACCCCUAUCUUAGGUACCUGCCUCCUCGAGGUAUCUCUACGUACCUGCUUAAUCUCACGCACGUGUGUACAUCUGUGCACUACCUAGGUAGGUACCUAUGUGCCUCGAGGAGGCAGACAGCCUGUACUCACAUACGGGAUGUACCUGCCUCGGGUUCCAAAUGCGCCUCCGACGACGAUUACUCGCGGGUGACGUCACGUCGCGGGCCGGCGAAGGGCAGCCACGACGAGACGAUUGCCUCAAAGCUCUGCUGGACCUUCCGGAACAACUGACCUGGUCCUGCCAAUGACUCGCCGCUUCUCUCAAUUGCCUGAUCAUUCGCCAGAUCUCUCGAGACCUCUCUCGAUCCUCGAUCCCUUUCCCAUCCCAUCUACACUUACUCUUCCUAAUCGCUCGGUACCACAACGCCUCAUCCUUUGCCUACGACUCGCAAACCCGACGACCUACCGCUAAGCUCG